AUGGUCCACAAGGUAAUCAUCUUCUCAGCUCUGAUCGUUGCUGUCACAAGCAUGUUCAUCCAUCCAGCGCCUAUCCCUAUCUUUCUUGAACAGUAUCGUGAUCCAUCUUAUAGCUUCUCUUACGAAGUGAACGACGCACGAACAGGUGAUAUCAAAAGCCAACAAGAAAGCAGGAGAGGAGACAUCGUACUUGGGCAAUAUUCCUUAGUCCAGCCUGAUGGAGUCAGACGUACAGUUGACUACCAGGCUAAUGAUCUCACAGGUUUUAUUGCUACAGUUAAUAAUAAGAAGCUUCAAAACACGCAACAGCAAGAACAAGAAGAAAGCACUCGUCCUACUACAGUCCCAAGCUCCACUUCAAAUGAUGGUUGGCAAAGCAGUCCCAGCUCAACGUCUUCUCCAUCUUCUCCUUCUUCCAUCUCCUUCUCAUCUUUCGUCUUUCUUUUUGCUCUUGUCGCGGUUGCGUCCGCUGACUUCUCAAGCUUCUCCUAUGGAGUAGCUGAUCCUUACACCGGCGACUUCAAGAGCCAACACGAGAGCCGGGCAGGAGACAAUGUACUCGGACAGUAUUCUCUUUUGGAGUCGGAUGGAACUCGCCGGACCGUGGACUACUCCGCUGGAGCUGAAGGAUUCAACGCUCUGGUCAGGAAAGACCCAACUGUACUUGCUGCUCCUAUUGCUGCCCGUAUUGCGACCCCCAUUGGAUUAGCCCCAUACCCAUACUACGCCCACGGUUCCCCACUUAUUUACAACCGUCUCUCUACCCAACUCAUCUAG